AUGCGGUCGCGGGGCGUUGUGCUCACGCUCUGCGCCACGAGCGCCACGGGGUUCGUCACGUGUACGCGCUCGACGUCGCUCACCGAGAUCUUUACCAAUUGGUGCAUUUGCCAGCCGUGCAACCUCUGCAGCUACAAACUCUUCCAAGGCUGCGACGUCCUUCUGACCAACGCGGUCUCGACGUCCGACGGCUCGGACAUUCCGACGCGUCAACCGCUUUUGGCCUCGAGUGACUGGUUCCUCACCGCCGACGAGAUUACAAACGCACGCGGCGGCGUCCCGCGAACGUCAUUAGCCACGAGCACGUCGGGCAACUUCAUGCACAUCUUUGCCGACACGAGCAGCACGUUUGCGGCGAUUCAUCACGAUCUCUUAACGGCCCACACCGCGUACUUUACAAGCUGGACGCUUGGCGACAUCCCGUAUCUGCCACACAUUGACCCCGCCAUUACGUUCAAGUCGACGUGGGGCAAGGCGAUCACAACCAAUGGCCUCAGCGCGCACGGGCUCGUUUGGUCAAACCUUCCAGAACUCGAUCGCGUCACGGACAUGCAUGCGUGGAUGAACUCGCUCACGCCCUCGCAUGGCGCGCGCGUUCAGCUCAUGACCGACGACCGCGUCACGUCGAUCACUGGCUCGCUGCACCAAAAGAGUUUGGUUCUGAGCAUAGGCAACCAGGUCUGGGCCUACGCCGGCGGGAUGGAUCAGGCUUUUGAUCGAUGGGACACCAAGUACCACAACGAGUCGGCGCUGCGCAACGCAGCCCACAUCCGUACCAACAACAACGGCUGGAUCGACGUUCAUUCGCGCGUCCAAGGGCCCGCGGCCGUGGAUAUUUUGCACAAUUUCUUGGACCGUUGGAACGACCCUAACCCGCCCGGUUCGGCGCUCGGACCGCCGUUCGUGACGCCGCCGAUGCCAUUGCAAGCAUCGUGGAACGUGCCGCAAACGUUUUUUUCAUCGGCAGCGCUGCUCUCGUCGCUCGCGAUCAACACCUCGGCGGGCCCCCACGACCUGCAACUACCAUGGGUACGCGUCGUUUGCACCGCACGGCGAGACGUCGAUCCUCGCGGGCCGCAUCAAGGCCAUCCGGAACGCGAAAAACUACAUUUACAUUGA